AAUUAGCUUUAUUUUGUGCGCUCAUCACACGGUUUCAAAAAAUUUAAUCUUCCGCUUUUUCCAGUCCGCAUUUUAAAGCAUACUGGUGUCGUGUAAAGCUGGUGAUUGUUGGGAUUUUAUAAGGCAUGUGUCAUCUGCCUCUGACGCAUGCGCCAUUUCCUUAAAGAUUGAGUUUUAGAUCUUCUCCAUGUGACUGCAACUGAGCCGAGCCAGUCGACCUGCACUCAGGGUUUUUGGUUAAAGGCACCAUGCCCCAAGCUGCAGACAUGAUCAACCUGGGUUUCCUGUCUGAGGCUGAGCAGGAGCUGAUCCUGGAGGUGCUGCGACGGGACGAGGAGCUGAGACAGAAUGAGGAGCACCGUGUGAGGAAGUUGAAGACGGAGUUGCUGGAAGUGAAGAGGAAAGGAGCCAAACGUGGCAGUGGAAGAUACAGUCAGCGUAGUUGUGGCAGAUGCCUGGAGCCUCUGAGUCGACUGAGUAUGUUCAACAGCCAGUGUAAGAUGUGCAAUCACAAUGUGUGCCGCAAGUGCAAAACAAUCCUCCCACAAGGAUCCUGGCUGUGCAGUGUGUGCGCCAAAGAGACGGAUCUAAAGAAAAUGGCAGGUGACUGGUUCUUUGAUCAAAGGAUCAACCGUUACUCUACGAUGCCUGGACACGACUUAGUGAGAGUCUCCCUGAAAAAGAAGCCUCUGACGAAUAAGCGCGAAACAACAGGAGAAAUUCUGUUGAGAAGUACUGAAAUACACCCAGAUCCUCCCGUUCCUCGAGCCAGGCAGAAAAAUCUGCCAAAUAAUAAAAAAGGUCCUUCAAGUGAGAAUUUAGGAUCGAUUGCUUCAAGAGAAUCAUUUGAAUCAAAGGAGGACGUUAUAUCAAAGCCAACACGCAGCGACACAGAAUCUGCAGAAAACACCAGCAUAACUAGCGGUAAAACUGGAACCGAGUCUGGCCAUGUGACCCCUGAGCAACCAAGGAAAGGGAAUCGCUCAGCUCUGUCCAGCCCAGCAGGAUCCAGUGUUUCCAGUGUGACCAUCCCAGUCAAAGCAGAUAUUGAAAGCAUUGACAGCGGCAACCCAGACGCUAAUAUUACUGCAGAUGUGAAACCGGUCAAUCCGAGCCCAGAUAUAGACGUUGAAAGACUCUUCAAGAAGAGCAUCAAACGAGACCCCAGGCCUACUGAGUGUGUAUCAACUCUGGAUCUGCGUGAUGGACCCGACACAUCAGUGGGCUCAAUGGGCAACCGGAGCAAAUCUGUUCCAGGCUUGGACGUACAGCUGGAAGACAGAGAGGAGGAUGAAGAUAUCGACAGCUUGGUUAGCCUUCACAAAAGGACAAUGGCUUCAAGCUCCUCCAGCCUGCGUAGCUCAAAGAGCACACUGGGCAGCCUGAUGAGCAUCUACAGUGAAGCAGGAGACUUUGACAGCGUGGAGGUGAGCGGAGAAGUCGUCUUCUCUAUGAGCUACGACGAACAUACCCAGAGCCUCCAGGUCUUCAUCAAGGAGUGCCACGGGCUGGCCUGCGGCGACACUUCACGGCAGCUUUCCAACCCUUACGUCAAAUGUUAUCUACUCCCUGACAAGUCCCGCCAGAGCAAAAGGAAGACCAGCAUCAAGAGGAACACAGUCAACCCCGUCUACAAGGAAACACUGAAGUACUCUAUCAGCCACUCCCAGCUGUUCACCCGCUCCAUGUUGAUAUCAGUAUGGCACCACGGUCGCCUCAGCCGCAACGCCUUCCUGGGAGAGGUGGAGAUCCCCCUGGACUGCCGAGACCUCGACACCGCAUACGAGGACACGGUGGCUCUCAUGCCAAAGGCAGCCUCUUCUCUGCCGGCUUCAGCUUUCGCUCAGUACAAAGGAGAGUUGGUGAUCUCCUUGAAGUAUAUCACACCUAAAAAUCCAACAACUGAGAAAAUCAAAGGGAAAAAGGCAGUGAGUCAGGAGGGAGGAGAACUGCACGUCCUCGUUAAAGAGGCAAAGAAUUUAAUGGCAAUGAAAUCAGGAGGAACCUCAGACAGCUUUGUAAAAGGGUACUUGUUCCCCACUAAGGCAAAGAACACAAAGAGGAAGACUCCAGUGGUGAAGAAGAACCUGAAUCCCCACUACGACCACACGUUUGUGUACAAGGAUCUGGUUCUGGAGCAGCUGAAGGGGAUGUGUCUGGAGCUGACCGUGUGGGACAGAGAGGCCAUGGUGAGCAACGAGUUCCUGGGAGGAAUCCGUCUCAGCUCUGGAAAAGGGAUGGUGAAAAUAGGGAAAGGGGAAGUUGAAAUGGACUCAGUCGGAGAGGAAGUUAGUCUGUGGGAGAAGAUGAUGAAGUACCCUGACUCGUGGGCAGAGGGCACUCUUCCACUGCGGUCCACCAUGGAGAAACCUAAGGGCAAAUGAGGACAGCAGCACGGGCCUGAAACUGAGCUGGGGGAGGCUGUGGAGGUCUGAGAUAAAUGUGAGAUUAUGGAUUCAUUUUACUCUUGGAAGCUUAUCAGACCGCAAGCUGGUCUACUGCAGUGAACUUACACAAAGAUGAUUGGCUGUGAGCAGACGCACAGUUCAUCGACCUGCCGAACACUUAACAUCUGCUCACACCUGCACACCUGCCUCCCUACAUGAGGUUCAUCUUCAGCACACCUGACUACAGACUGGUGUAGAAAAUGUGCCAAAGCAUCACAACACUAAACACUGGAUUUGUUUUAAGAGCGUUGACACAGUUGUUUUUAUGUUUUUAAAGUGAGGCGGUAUAUAUUACUGCAGCUUAAAAUCAUGCACAGCUCUGAGCACAGACAUGUUUGUCACAAUCUGUUACCUUUUCCUUUAUAAUUGUGUACAGAUGGACACUGAUGUGGGCAAACAAUCCAUUAUAAGCUGGUAUUACACAAGCUUUUUGGCGUUGGAUUCAACAAAUUGAGCUUAGUUAAAUCUAUACACACACUAUAUAAUAUAUAUUUUACUAUAAUGCAUAAUGUCACGUAAAAUAUAUAUUUAUACAAGUUGCAUAAAAAGUCUUAUUUCAAAUUAUUAAAUGUGUCUAUUUUCAGAUAUAAAUGUAAAUUUUGAACUUUCAACACUUUCAUCCGAGUGUGUUCAGAGUCAAUGUUCACCUCAAGGUUGCCUUGAAUUUUCUGUUCACUCAAUAAAAGUUGACAAAACCAAA